UUUUUCUCUGCAAAAAUUAAAACACGGGGUUCUCUUGGAUGUAGAUUUUUCAAGUACUGCUCUCACCCAGAUGACAACCAACGUCAACAGCUGAGCCGGGAGUUAAGGCUUGAGCCAAGACAAAUCAAGUUCUGGUUCCAAAACAAAAGAACGCAGACCCAGGCUCAAAAUGAGAGCGCAGACAACACUGUUCUUCGUAAAGACAAUGAAAGGAUUCAAUGGGAAAACUAUGCAAUCAUAAAGGCCUUAAAGAGUGUCCUUUGCCCAACUUGCGGUGGUCCACCAUUUGGAGAAGAAGCUCGGCAGCUAAGUCUGCAGAGACUUCAGCUGGAAAAUGCCUAUUUGAAAGAAGAGGGAAACCACCAUCAAAUUGAAUCUCUGGCGUCUGUAGUUGGAUCGACGCUGGAUUUAUCAUGUUCCACCAACCAAGGGAUUAUCGGAAGUCCGCCCCUUAAUCUCAAUCUUACCAGCCCUGCAUUAGCUUACCAAAUACAAGAAAUCCCUGAAAGGGAAAAGACACUCAUGGCGAACAUUGCUGCCAGUGCUAUGGAAGAACUGGUCUCACUUUUUCAGAUUGGCGAGCCUUUGUGGGUCAAAUCCACAGCUGAUGGGCGAUAUUUUCUCAACCGUGACGACUAUGAUAAGUUAUUUCCUAAAGCCAAUCAAUUCAAAACCUCUGGUGCGUGUGUUGAGUCUUCGAAAGAUUCAGGAGUAGUGGCCAUUAAUGCAGCAACCUUGGUUGACAUGUUCUUAGACUCUAAUAAAUGGGAAGAACUCUUUCCCACAAUCGUUACGAAAGCAAAGACAAUUGAAGUACUUGAAAGUGGAAUGAUGAAAAACCGGAGUGGUUGCCUACUGCUGAUGUAUGAACAAAUGCACAUUCUCUCACCUUUGGUGGCACCACGGGAUUUCUACUUUCUUCGUUAUUGUCAGCAGAUUGAGCUAGGCACAUGGGUCAUUGUUGAUGUUUCCCACAACUUCCCCAAAGGAAGUUCUUCAAAUCAAUCACAAUCUUGGAGGCUUCCUUCGGGGUGUAUGAUCAAAGAUAUUUCAUGCGGCUGCUCCAGGGUAACUUGGAUUGAGCAUGUGGAGGUUGAUAAACAAGCCCAUCGGCUCUACAGAGAUCUUAUAUGUAGAAAUGUUGCAUAUGGAGCUGAGAGAUGGAUCGUUACUCUUAAGAGGAUGUGUGAGAGAUUGGAUUGCUUGAUGGUCGAAGUUGAAACUACCUGUGAGUUUGGAGGAGGCAAGUCUUCCUUAAUUCCCUUUUUGGUUAUUUCGUCAGAAGGCAAGAGGAGUGUAAUGAAGCUCUCUCAGAGAAUGGUGAAGAACUUCUGUGGAAUGCUGAGCAUGGCAGGUAAAAUUGACUUCCCUCAGUCGUCCGAAGUGAACAAUAGUGGGGUUCGAGUCUCUGUUCGUAAGAGCACAGAAACAGGACAGCCCCAUGGCAUGAUUGUCAGCAUUGCUACUUCUCUUUGGCUUCCUCUACCGUCCCAAACCGUCUUUAGCUUCUUCAGAGAUGAGAGAAAUAGAGUUCAGUGGGAUGUUCUGUCAAAUGGAAAUCCAGUGCAUGAGAUUGCAAACAUUCCAACCGGAACGCAUCCCGGAAACUGUAUAUCUGUCAUUCGGCCUUUCACCCCUACCGAGAAUAACAUGCUGAUGCUUCAAGAGAGCUACACGGACCCUUUGGGAUCCUUAGUCGUAUAUGCUCCAGUCGACAUGCCAGCUCUUAACGUAGCAGUAAGUGGCAAGGACUCUUCCAACAUACCUAUCCUCCCAUCGGGGUUUGUGAUAUCGGGCGAUGGUCGUGCUGAAAUAACUGGGGAUUCAGGACAUUCCAAGGAAGGUGGUUCACUUCUUACAGUGGCCUUCCAGAUAUUGGUUUCCAGUCCCUCAACUUCAAAGCAGAUGAACAUGGAGUCGGUGGCAACUGUCAACGCUCUCAUCAGUUCCACCGUUCAAAAAAUCAAAGUUGCUCUCAACUGCUCGAGCUUGGAUUAACCUAUUUGCGGUGGAAUUGUAAUUCUUAUGCUAAGAAUAAAACUAGUUUCGUUGGAGAAGGUUGUGAAUUCAAUCUUUGUGACUGUUUUAAGACCCCGUUUGAAUUUCUUGUUGAAUAAUUGGCUAUGUAUAAGCUCCUAUUUUAGUUAUUUUUUUUGCUUAAGGCUGCUAUUUUAGUUAUU